AUGGCGAAGCCCCCGGCGGCGGCGGCGGCGUCGUCGUCGGCGUCGGAGGAGCUGAGCCAGGUAGCGGACGAGGAGCUGCUGCGCUGGAGCAAGGAGGACCUGGCGCGGCGGCUGCGGCGCGCCGAGGGCGAGAAGGUGGGCCUCAUGCUGGAGCACGGCGGCCUGAUGCGCGACGUGAACCGGCGGCUGCAGCAGCACCUGCUGGAGAUCCGCGGCCUCAAGGACGUGAACCAGCGGCUGCAGGACGACAACCAGGAGCUGCGCGAGCUCUGCUGCUUCCUCGACGACGACCGGCAGAAGGGGCGCAAGCUGGCGCGCGAGUGGCAGCGCUUCGGGCGCCACGCGGCCGGCGCCGUGUGGCACGAGGUGGCCCGCUCGCAGCAGAAGCUGCGGGAGCUCGAGGCGCGCCAGGAAGCGCUGCUGCGCGAGAACCUGGAGCUCAAGGAGCUGGUGCUGCUGCUGGACGAGGAGCGCGCGGCGCUGGCGGCGGCGGGGACCGCGGGCGGCGGCGGCGGCGGCGGCGGCGGCGGCGCGGGCUCCCGCAGCUCCAUCGACAGCCAGGCCAGCCUGAGCGGGCCCCUGACGGGCGGCGCCGCGGGCUCCGGGGCCCGCGACGUGGGCGACGGCAGCAGCACGUCGAGCGCGGGCAGCGGCGGCAGCCCGGACCACCACCACCACCAUCACCACGUCCCGCCCGCGCUGCUGCCCCCCGGGCCGCACAAAGGCCCCGACGGCAAGGCUGGGGUCAUGCGUCGGUCCCUGGACGACCUGUCGGCGCCGCCGCACCAUCGAAGCAUCCCCAACGGCCUGCACGAUCCCUCGUCCACCUACAUCAGACCACUGGAGACCAAGGUGAAGCUGUUGGAGGGUGACAAGAUCCCCUCACAGCAGGCCGGCUGCGGAGAGUCGCGGGCGCUACGGAAAGGGUUCUCCCUCUACCACUCGGAGUCCCAGCUUGCGUCCCUGCCGCCCUCCCAUCAGGACAUCCUGCAGAGUGGCCCUGCCUGCCCUGUACCCGAGCUGCCCUCACCCCCCUCCACAGGCUACAGUUCUGCAGGACAGAAGCCAGAAGCUGUUGUGCAUGCCAUGAAGGUCCUGGAGGUCCAUGAGAACCUGGACCGGCAGCUCCAGGACAGCUGUGAGGAGGACCUGAGCGAGAAGGAGAAGGCCAUCGUCCGCGAGAUGUGCAACGUGGUCUGGAGGAAACUGGGAGAUGCUGCUAGCACCAAGCCCUCCAUCCGGCAGCACCUGUCUGGUAACCAGUUCAAGGGCCCUUUGUAGGGCCAUCCCUCCAUGAUGUGAACUGGCCCUGCCUGGAGUCCCAGGUGUCAGACCUGGCAGGACCUCCAGCCCAGACACCGCCCUUUUCUGAGGUGGAUUGUACAUAGGACAUUGCCCUCCCUGGCUGCCCUGGUGUGACACUGACGACCAGGCCUCUGCUUCCUGCAGCCCUGCUAGCAAACCAGGAAGAGAAGCCGCUGCUCACUUCAGCAUGGCCUGUCCGCAAGGCCUCUUGCUGCGUUAGCUGGAGGCUGAAGGCUGCUUCUGGGAAACCUGGACUGUGUCCUGCCCUCAGUGGACGGCCAGCUCAUCAAGAGGCCACCAGAGCCCCAGUCAUGAUAGAGACAGCACCCUUCCUUCCCCCUGCUGUGGCCAGAAUCCUGGUUCAUGGAGCAUUGGGUGCUGUGUACCCAUGGCUAGGUAGAGGCCGCCUCCAGGCUCCCAGGCCCUCUUCUGAUGCUCAGCCCUGGGAGCUGAGGGUGUCCUGCCAGCGGGGGUGGGGGGAGGAGAGCAGCGGCCAGCCACGUCGAUGCCAGCUGCGGCUGCUUUUUAGCAACUGUUAAGGUCUCCCAACCUGGGCCAGGCUUAGUCCUUUCAGGUUACUGGCCAGGUUCCCCUUCUGUGGUUUACAGCAACAUAGGAAGCCCUUGAGCGCUGGGCCAAGCAGCACGUUCUCGCUGGACAGGGAGAACUGUAGCUGUGGUCUCCCUGAACCACUAUGGACAGAGCUGCUGGGGCUACCAUGAGAGCUCUCCUUGGGAAGGAGCAGCCGCCUGACCUGGUUCUGGUUUAAUUUGCUGGGUGACCGUCAGGAAGUCACUCAACUCAUGUGGGCUGGGCGGUCCUCAUUCACAGCUUGAGAGCCAGUGUGGUCGACCUGCUGGGGAGGCCUCCAGGUAGGCAGAGUGGGUGGCCUAGCCUGUUUGGCUGCUUGCUGUCCAAUCACAGGUUGCUGCUUCCUGAACCUUGGCAUCCUCAGCUGCAGUGGCAGCAUCUGGCCCUCCUUACAGGACCCUAGGUAUCCCACGAGAGGAACAGUGUAAAUGAUCACCUGUGAAGUAUAGCAGGGAAGUUUUCUAACUUGAAUGAGGAAAAUGAGGCCCAGAGGAAGUGAGCAACUUUUUGGCAUGUUGCAAAUGACCACUUGUUUGAGGGCCAGGCCAAACUCUGACACGGCUCCCUUGGCCAGCACUCCACACUCCUGCAAAGUCCUGUGCAGCAGGCACCUAGGAGCCCACAAAGGUCUUUGUCACACGUGUCAGAUCAGGUGGAGGCAAAAGGCAUCCGUGCUCCACUUCCCAGCCAAGGAUCCCAGUGUGCCGAGAGCUGCCCUUGCUGUCAGUACCCCUGGGUCCUAGACUCUCAGGGGAAGGCCCAUGGCCCUCAGUGUGACCAGGGAGUGCUCUGCAGUGGCGACAGAGCAGAGGCCUAUUGCUCUUGCUGUAGUUGUCAUGAGGAAGCUCUUUCUGGAAGGAGCUUACUGUCACUGCAGCUGCUGAGGCAUGUGGGUCAGGAUGGCUUGAUCGUCACUACUGAAAUAAGCAAUAAGUGAGAGCUCUGGAACGUGCAGAUUGGCCUGGAAGCGACCCUUCCCUGGAGGGGCAUGGCCUUGUCUCCACCCCCCCCCCCCCCCCCCCCCCGUUGCUGAGGCAGGCAGGGAUCCCAGGAAUGUUUGAGAGCCCUCCAGCCUGCCCAAAGGGCAGCAGCACAAGCUGUGCCCAGAGCCCUGUCAGGACGGCUGGCAGAGCACAGCAGACCAGAGCAGUCACCUCUCGGUGCAGCAGGUGGUAAGACCAGGCAGUGACCCUUUGAGCCCUGCUCACACGGGCAGUUGCUGAGCCAUAGGAUAGAUGGCUCCUACGGUGGGGAGCCCCGGGGCCACAGCUCAGGGCGACACUGGGUGACCCCUCUUGUCUGGAACCUUAGCUCUAGGAGCCCCCAAGGAGUGGCAGUAGUGGUCUUGCAAGAGCCCUCUUGCCAUUUCCAAGCCGUUCUCCAUCCCGAAGCCCACAGGAUGCUUGCACUGCCUCCGGCUCCCACUGUGACCAAGGUCACUCAGUCCCAGCCCAGGUGGCCUUGCCUACCCUGGAGUCAGAAUCUGCUGAGCACAUUUUUAUCCAAAAAGUUACUAGCUACACACCAGUGUUAAAAGAGGAAAAAAGUGACCUUUCAAAAAAAUUUUUUUUGGGUGGGGAGGACUCCAGAGGAAGCAAAACACGUACUACUGAUUUUUUUUUUUUUUUUUUUUUUUAAGCAGCAGACUAAAUGCAGGCCGCAGAGUGGCAGAGGUAUUUUUCGUACUGGCGAAGUAUUGGUGCUGCUCUUUGGGAAGGGACUGGAACGUCUGGUUCCUGGCCUGGGCCGGCAGCUAUGCUAUUUUCUGUAGAAGGUGAUGGUGCAGAUACUCACAGCUACUCUUCCUGCCCAGAUGGUACACAGCUGGAGCCUGUGGACUGCGGCAGGUUUCUACCUUCAAUUGAGCCACUUUGAUUUGUGGAGGAAGAAAAAAUAGAACUUUUUGAUAGUGUGGUAAAAACAUUGAUUUGAACUAUUUUAGUAAAAGGAGUAACAGAUAAGAUUGUGACAGUGUAUACUUUGAGCUAGAUAAAUAAAGGCCUCUUUGCAAGCCUUC